AUGAGCGUGCUACUCGAGACCUCGCUGGGUGACCUGGUCAUCGACCUGCUGGUGGACGUGUCUCCCAAGGCCUGCGAAAACUUCCUCAAGCUAUGCAAAGUCAAGUAUUACAACUUUUCCCCGGUGCACAGUGUCCAAAAGAAUUUCACGUUUCAAACUGGCGAUCCAAUCGGACCUGGCUCCUCCGACAGCGAUGGUGGCUCUUCGAUAUGGGGUCUCCUGCGCGGCCCUUCGCACAAAACGUUCACCGUUGAAAUACCGCCCAAAUUAAAACACACAGAAAGGGGAACCGUGAGCAUGGCAACGGCACCCUCUUCGACUGACCCGGAUGAGCGUCUGGCGGGCAGUCAGUUCAUUAUUACGCUGGGCGAUAGUCUGGAUUACCUGGAUGGCAAGGCGGCCAUCUUCGGCAAGGUGGUUGAAGGCUUCGAUGUCCUUGAGAAGAUAAAUGAGUCUUUUAUCGAUGACAACGGUAGACCUCUCAAGGAUAUUCGUAUCCGGCACACAGUGAUUCUCGAUGAUCCUUAUGACGACCCGCCCGGCCUGAAUGAACCUCCUGAAAGCCCGGUGCCGUCCAAGGCCCAAUUAGCCACCGUUCGGAUCGCCGAUGACGAAGAUCUGGACGAAGACAUGGAUGAAGAAGCAAUGGAGAAACUUCGACGAGAACGGGAAGCACGAGCUCAAGCUUUGACUCUGGAAAUGGUGGGAGACCUUCCUUUUGCCGAAGUGAAGCCCCCAGAGAAUGUGCUUUUUGUCUGCAAACUCAAUCCCGUCACUCAGGACGAAGAUUUACAGUUGAUCUUCAGUCGCUUUGGACAGAUCCUGUCGUGUGAAGUGAUUCGCGACAAACGAACAGGAGAUAGUUUGCAAUAUGCGUUUAUUGAAUUCGACAACCAAAAGGACUGUGAGCAAGCUUAUUUCAAGAUGGAGGGCGUCUUGAUUGACGAUCAUCGAAUUCACGUCGAUUUCUCACAGAGUGUCUCCAAGCUCUCCGACACCUGGCGACAAGCUACGAUUUCCAAACGACAAGGCGGCGGCUUCGGCGGUAUAUCGAGUCUUGAACGGAAACGCCAAUACCGUGCUGCUGACAACCGUGGUCGCCCUGACCGUUACGGCAUGGUCUUUGACAAGGACGAGAUGCGCCGGCGUCCAGACACGGACACCAAAUCAGCACGGCCUGAAAGGUCACGCAGUCGUAGCCCCCGGCAGGGGUCUUACCGAGGUAGAGAUGAUGACAGACGUGAUGACCGACGGCGCCAUGACCGAGAUGGGGGUCGCGAGAGGGGUCGGGGAUCUUACAAUCGCAGAGAACAAGACCGACAGCGCAGGUGA